GCGCUGAUGUGUGGCGCUCGUUUGACAGGCGGCUGUUUGUUUCUGUCGGAGACUUCAAUUUAUUAUUUCACAUCAUGUCGCGAUACGGGCGACACGGAGGCGAAACAAAAGUGUAUGUGGGUAAUCUGGGCACCGGUGCAGGUAAAGGUGAGCUGGAGCGGGCAUUUGGAUAUUACGGGCCACUCAGAACGGUGUGGAUCGCUCGCAACCCUCCAGGAUUCGCCUUUGUAGAGUUUGAAGACCCGAGAGAUGCAGAGGAUGCUGUCCGUGGUAUCGAUGGCAAGAUGAUUUGUGGAUCUCGAGUGCGUGUGGAAUUAUCCACCGGAAUGCCGCGGCGUUCCCGAUACGAUCGUCCUCCCACUCGCCGUCCCUUCGACCCGAACGACCGUUGCUACGAGUGUGGCGAGAAGGGCCACUACGCGUACGACUGUCACCGCUACAAUCGCCGUCGACGGAGCAGGUCUCGCUCUCGAUCUCGCUCUCGUGGAAGGAGGUACGCACGCUCUCGCAGCCGCAGCCGAGGCAGACGGUCCAGGUCUUUCUCUCCUCGCCGCUCUCGCUCGGGAUCUCCCCGACACUCCAGAUCAGGGACACCCAAGAGAUCCAGAUCCAGAUCCCUGUCUCGCUCACGAUCUGGCUCCGCCCCCAGGAGAAGGUCUGGCUCAGUCGCGAGAUCAAAGUCUGGCUCUCCGGCGAGGAGUCGUUCACCCUCACGGAGUCCUGCCAGAAGUGAGAGUCCAGAACGAGAUGACUGAAUCUCUCUCUGUUGUUUUUCAUGAAGUGACGUGUGUUUGUCGUCAGGAGCUUUGGGUUGAUGCUUAUUGCAGUACAAUUAAAGUAAUAAUAAUAAUUUAAAAAAAGGCAAGAUAAAAGCUAAAAUUUUGUUGUGGUUUCAUCGUACAGAAUUUCUUUUGAGUUCUUUGAAGUAGAUGGAGAAACCGUUUGUCUGUUUUUGUACCUGGUUUGUUGUGCAGUAGGUAUUGUGUACAGUUCAUAUGUAACCUGCAAUUGUUUGAGUUUUGUUUGUGAUAUUAAAUAAAGUGAAAAGAACAAACAUUGUGUUUUCAUCAUGUGGUGUUGAGUGUUUACCAGCAGGUGGUGCUGAUGUUCAGAACAUCUGUGUUGAUCUCUAGUUGAUGUUCUCAUUAGACUGCAGUAUUUAACAGUAUCGGGAGACAGCAGAACCAACAAAUCCUCAUUAUUUAGAGAAAAGACUUCAUAUAUUCUAUACAUUUAUGCUUUUUGAUUUCUUCUUUGAGAGUCUAAAUUAUCAUGCAUCAAGGUUUAUUAUUUGCCCAUUUCUGUUUGUAAAUAUUGUUUUCCACACAUCAUAAACUAAUUACACUCUUGUUUUUAUACAAUAAAAAAUGU